UGUAUUUCAAUGUUCUUAAAAUAAAUGUCUUACAUUAAUAUUGCAUCAUUAAAAAUUAUAAAUACUUUAUGUCUCGUGCAUCGCACGGGUACUAUACUAGUAAUAUAUAAUAUAACGUAUAAUUAUGCCAAAACUGGCAAAGGAUAGGAAGGGUGCAUACAUCAUAUACCCUAGGAAAGGGGAGAUUUGGGCCCUUUUCAGAGGGUGGGAUGUCGGCUGGAGCUCCCAGCCUGAAAAACACCAGCACUUCAAUUAUGAAGUCGUGGAGGUUCUUUCUGAUUAUGUUGAUGAUGUGGGGAUUAGAGUUGGAUACUUGAAUAAGCUGGAUGGAUAUGUCUCUCUCUUUCAGGGUGGGACUGAUUUGUCUGGUUCAUCUUUCUUCAUAAAGCAGAAUGAGAUUUACAGAUUGUCCCACAGAAUUCCCUCUUUCAGAUUGUCUGGAACUGAGAGAGAAGGUGUGCCAGCUGGGGCUUUUGAACUUGACCUUGCUUCUUUACCUGAAAAUCCUGAUGACCUUUGGUAUCCUCUCAAAGGCAUGGUGAGCAGAAGCAGUAAACUGAGGACUCCUAGCAAGGUUGGCACAUGUAGCUCCUCCAUUGACCCCAAAGAAGUUAAUGUUGUUGAGGACUUUGAGAUGGCAAAGGCCAGAAAAUCACCAAGGCCCAUAAAUGUUACCAAGAAGAAAUGAAAAGCAAUCCAUUUAUCUAUUGUAGCCAAGGUUAUCUGUGUGACAUCAGUUCAGAAUUCUAACUCCUUAGAAAUGGCGGUGGUGGUGGUAAGAGUUUGAAACUUAACUCAUCGUGAUCAUGCAAAAUAUGCUUGUUAGACCGAAUGUUAUCUUAUGUUGGGGUUGAUGUGCAGUAAACUGUUUAACUGGUUGGAUUCUAGCUAGCUAGCUAGCUUGCUAGAUAGAUGUAUUAUGUGUAUCAGUGUAUGUCUUUUGCUUUUAGGACAUGUGCUUUUAUUUUCAUGCCUUGUAAUGUCACUAUGGGAAAUUUGAUUUUUAACCCU